AGUUUUUUUCAAGCGGAUCGUUUCGCUGGAGCUCCUCGGAAAAGUUCAAACUUUCACAAAAAGGCAGCGCACGGUGAAGCGGCUGUCAGGCUUUUUGGUGUAAAUAGAGAGUUGCUGGAUCGCAGUAGCCGCCGUAAUCACCGUACGAUGGCGGCCACUGAUCAGCAAAAGCUGAUGGAAAUCCUGGUGGAAACCGAGCGUGUGGCUGACCGGAUCCUUGCCAACAAGCAGGAGCUGGUCCAGCUGGACAAACGUCGCCAGGAUACGCGCGAAGCUUUGCGUUACAUUGAGCAACACUUUCCCGAGGGAAAGCAACCGCAACGCCUUUGGAUCACGAUCGGCUCGAUGCUGGUGAAGCAGAAUCGCCAGGAGGCCAUCGAGUUGUUGCGUAAAGACCAGCGCACGACAGAGGAAGAUAUUGAGCGAUUACGGGGAGAGCAAAAAGAGCUCGUCACCCGGCAACGUGAUCUGGAACAUGAGCGACCACUUCGGGGAUUCGAUUUGAAGCCCCUUUCGAAAACGGAGAUUGCCGGCAUUCGGUCGAAUCUGCCCGGCUUUUAACACAUAACGAUCUCGUAUUAUCAAUUGUACUAAUCAUUCGCCACUCCUUUUCGAAUAAAUAUCCAUUUACUUUAAUUACGCAACUCGGAUAUUAACUCGUU